UUUGUCUUAAUAUUGCCUAUCUUAAUCUCUAUCUCACUGAGAAAUACCAAACUAUUAACUACAUCAAGUUCGCCGAAGACUUUAACUUCGCCCCAAAGAAAUUCCACAUUACUGCCAAAACCAGAUCUUAUAAUUCUGAGGAACCAUACCUUACAAUCUCCUCAGACUCUAGAUAUAACACCAAA